AUGUCGUCGAGAAGAGCUGCCGCUGCCGCUGCUCAAAACGGUAAAACUCUCUUCUCUCCAGCUUCUAUUGAAAUUACCAUUUCUGCCCUUGAUUCUAAAAUCAUAGAGAACAAGAUCCCGACUCCAACCCAAUUCAACCAUUUGGUGAAUGAUCUAUUCAAUUCGAUUCGAGCUGGUGCUUUUGUGAGGUUAGAGGAUGCAGUGGGCCUCUUCAAUCGUAUGGUCCGCACGCAGCCGCUGCCUUCAAUCCAGACAUUUAAUCGCCUGUUAACUACUAUUGCCAGAAUGAGACACUAUUCGACCGUGAUUUCUUUGCAUCGGGAGAUGAAUUGGUUAGGGAUCCCAUCCGAUAUCUGUACAUGGAACAUUCUUCUCAAUUGUUCCUGCCGCUUGAAUGGCAUCGGUUCUGGUUUUGCUAUUCUCAGCGACAUCCUGAAACGUGGCCAUGAGCCGGAUGUCGUGACUCUGGCUACUUUUAUUAAGGGGUUUUGUAUGGAAGGGCGGAUUGGGGAAGCGAGUAGUUUUUUUCUGAAGAUGGUAGAAAUGGGAUAUCCUUAUAAUGUGGUGUCGUUCGGGAUACUAAUCGACGGUCUUUGCAAGUCGGGGAACACCGGAAUGGCUCUUGGGUUGCUUCGGGAAAUGGAGAAGGGUGUGGGUAAAUUUAGGCCUAACCUUAUAGUUUAUACCUCAAUCAUCGACAGUCUAAGCAAAGAUGGGCUCACAAAAGAGGCGCUUAACCUCUUCUCAGAAAUGGUCGGUAAAGGGAUUCUACCGAAUGUUUUCACUUACAGUUCUUUAAUUCAUGGACUAUGCAAUUUAGGGCAGUGGAAAGAAGCAAUGAGUCUGUUCGAGGGAAUGUUGGUUGGAGGAAUCUCGCCUAAUGUCACAACUUUCACCAUACUGGUGAAUGCUCUUUGCAAAGAAGGAAUGGUUAAAGAAGCCCAUGGAUUACUAGAAUGGAUGACCCAGAGAGGUGAGGAGCCUAAUGUAAUCACGUACAAUGCAUUGAUGGAUGGCUACUGUUUUACUGGCCAAAUGGAUGCCGCCUUAAAGAUAUUUGAUUACAUGGUGUGUAAAGGUCAUAAGCCUAGUGUCAUAACUUAUGCCAUGUUAAUCAACGGCUAUUGCAAGAAGCAAAUGGUAGACAAGGCUAUGUGGCUUUUCCGAGAAAUGUCUUGCAAGGGAUUGAAGCCCGAUGUUGUUACUUACAACACUCUUAUAGGUGGGCUGUACCGGGUACGGAGAAUUGUGGCUGCACAAGAGCUCUUCAAUGAGAUGAAAGCUAAUGGACAAUGUCCGAAUCUCAUCACAUACACCAUUUUGAUGGAUGGGCUGUGUAAAAGUGAGCGUCCUGUUGAGGCAAUGAAACUACUUAAUGAGAUGCAAAUUAGAGGAAUUCAACCAAAUAAUAAUUUUAUUGGUGUCCUUAUCAAUGGGAUGUGUGAAGCUAAGGAACUUAAAUAUGCGAAGGAGCUUUUCAGUUGGGCCUCCACCAAGGGCUUAGGGAAUAAUGUUAGGACAUAUAACACACUAAUCAAUGGCCUCUGUAACGAAGGGCUUUUAGAGGAAGCUAAUGGAUUGUUCUUUCAAAUGGAAGAGAAGGGUUUCCAACCAGACAGUGUCACCUUCAAUGCUUUAAUUAGGGGCUUUCUACAAAAGAAUGAUACCCUCAAGGCAAUGCAACUUCUCGGGGAAGUGGCUAAAAGAAAUUUUUCUGUGGAUGCUUCCACCGCAACUAUGUUAGUGGGCUUGCUCACAGAGGACGAAAAAGGUCAAGAAUACCUGGGAAUGCUUCAUAAAUUUGUGCCCUAGGGCGAAGGAGAGAUUAUGAUGAAGAACGUAGCAUUGGGAUAUGCAUGUUGGGUGGAAUGGCCUUGAUUCAUGAUGAAAGUCAGGCCCUUGAUUGAGUGGAAUGGCCAUGGGAUAAGGCUUAGAUGACGACGACGACAAUGAUGACCUCUGCUGCUAUUGGAUUUUCUACUUGAAGUUCUGAAUAUAUGAGUUUGCACUUCUAUUCUUCAUAUGCUCAGUUGGUUUUCUGUGGGCUUCUAUCCUUCAAUCCUUCAGCUCAUGGGAGUGAAUUUGGUGGUGCUAUGCUUGUCAUGAGCAGUGGGGUUUUGCUGGGCAGUUUCAUAUCAAAUUCCAUGGUUUUAAGCUGUAGUGCAGAAUUGCAGGCCUGUAACAGCCCCAAGGAUCUGUUGUGAUUUUGAUUGAUUCAUAGAGUUUGGUUGUUAUCAUCAAAUGGAAUGGCCCCAUGUGCUAUUUGUAUGGGCUGCUCAGAUGUCGGACACCCUUUCAGUGAUUCAUGCGUUGCAGCAUCUUUUUGUUUUCGAAUUGAUGCAGUUGGAGCCGGAGUUGCUCUUCUAUUCUUCAUAUGCCCAGUUGGUUUGCUGUUCGCUAUGGGCUUCUAUCCUUCAAUCCUUCAGCUCAUGGGAGUGAAUUUCGUGGUACUUUGCUUGUCAUGAGCAGUGGGGUUUUGCUGGGCAGUAUCCUAUCAAAUUCCAAGGUUUUUAAAGUUGUAGUGCAGAAUUGCAGGCCAGUAACAGCCCCAAGGAUCUGUUCUGAUUUUGAUUGAUUCAUAGAAUUUGGUUGUUUUAAUGAGAUGGGCUGGCCCCUUGUGCUAUUUGUAUGGGUUGCUCAGAUGUCAUACAGUCUUUCAGUGAUUCAUGGGUUCAUUUUGUAUUCAAAUUGAUGCAGCCGGAGCUGGUUUCUUUCUUCCCCUUCUCCUUCUUGCUUCUUCUUUUCUUAUUGUUUUUUUUAGUAGCUCAGCGCAGAUGAUGUCCAAUGUGAAGGUCUAUCUAUGCAUAAGCAGCUAGCUGUUGCUGUCUGCAUUGGAUGGUUUAUUUUGCAGUGGAUUCAUUGAUGGAGAUCCGGUGCUGGCAGGUAGCAACUUGAUUUUGGUCCAAUUUUCUGUGCAUUCAUGGCCUUCUGAUGUUGGUAUGGUCAUGUAUUGGAUAUGGGCAAUUUGUCUAGCUUUGAGUAAUCAAAGUAGGUCACUUGUUUAUGCAUUGUCAGUUUGCAAACUUCAUGUAAGAAGCUUUUCCGAUGUCCUUGGUGUAGGUUUAUAUUCUGGGCUGGUAGCAUGUGGAAUUAGGUGCAAGCAUGGGGAAGAAAAAUACUCAUUCUUACUAUCAUUUUACAAUUAAACACAACUGCUGUGGCUGCCAGUGACUAACUCCUAGUUAACAAGUCAUAAGUAGUGAUGGAUGAUUCAAAAUGACUCAAUCUCACAUCAGUUUGCUCUGCCCAUCUGAUUGCUCUAGGGAACUCUGCAUGGCCCACUUCAAUGGCGAUUGGAGUAGAUUGAUCUCGAAGAGAUCCCAACUUCUCAAGCACCCUUAUGAGUCCAAUCAUGAACUGUUCGUGACGAAUGCAUACGGCUUUGUGACUCAAUUCAGCUCACAUCUGUGCCACCUUUGUAUUGCUUUCAUCAUUCCUAAUGCAUGCAUAGACCAAAGAUGUUUCUGAUUUGAGCGUGCAUUUGCAUGCCUCCAACAGAAUCCAUGAAGCCUAACAGAAAAAUUCCAAGCAAGCUGCAUGCAUACAACAAAGUGCACCCUCCAACAGAAUCCAUGUAGCCUAACAGAAAAAUUCCAAGCAUAUAACAUCUA